AGGAGCCCUAUUCUAUUGAUAUUUUAGGCUUUACACAGAUAAUCAGAUUAGAUCGAUAUCCCUUUUCAUUAGACCCAUCGAAGCGUGAACUCUGUGUAAACUGGACUCCAACUUGGGUCACAGAAGAGAAGCAACAGUUCGGCCCAUACGAAAAAUGCAAAAUACAAACAUAACUUGAGCAAAGCUGCCAUUGACUCCGAUCUUCUCUUUCUCUGCUUCUGCAGCUAUGGCGUCUACAGUGACUCGCAGAUUUACAAACAAACUUCUUAGAAAUCCUUCAUUUCUCAGAGAUUCCCAAAUAAACCCAAAACUCUCAACCCCCUUCAAUUCGUAUGUCAAAUCAGCUCCUUUUAGCCAGAGUCAAAAUCAUCCACCAUUUAUUGGGAUGAUACAAAAGCAAUUUCAUUCUUCUCAGUAUACGGAGAAUCUCAGAUUUCAAGUUCGUGGAUUAGCGUUGACGAAUUGCCAAAACCCUUUAAAGAUGAACCCCAGAUACUUUUCAUCUGAGGGUAGUGGAAACCCUAAAAGCCCUAGCGAGCAUCCGAGUGAAAACCCUGAAUUUAAGCACCAGGAGAUCACAGGACCAACUGUAGAACGUGACGUCACGCCACUUGCGAAUGAGACCCGUGAAGUGCUUGAGAAAAUGCUUAAGACAAUGUAUAAUUUGAGUAAAGCAUUUGCUGUACUUGGGCUUGUUCAUCUUGGUUUAGGAGCUUGGCUUACUUACAAGACUCAGUCUUCCCCAAUUCCUGAGAUUUCGAUACAGAGUUUCUUGGCUUUUGGGUUGCCAUUUUCCUUGGCAUUCAUGUUGAGAAGAGCGCUGAAGCCGAUUUACUUCUUUAAGAAAAUGGAAGAACAAUCUAGGUUGCAGAUUUUGACUCUUACUCUACAGGCUGCUAAGCAAUUGAACUUGUUGUUUGUUCGUGCUCAAGGUGUUACUUACUCUUGUGUUGCUGUUACAUCCCUUGGAUUGAUCCUUGUUGUAUUCUCUAGAUUGAGUAAUUGAUAUGAAGAUGAAUAAGAGUUGCCAAUUUUGAAUGUUCUAAUCUUUUGAUUUGAAACACUCGAUUUAAGUAGUUGCAAUAAGUGUUUGAUGUUGAAUUUAUAAGCUAAAUACUGAUCAAGAUCAGAUUUUAUGGGGAAGUUUUAGCGAAUAAUGUUGAGUACAAAGAAAAUCUAUCAUACCUUUUGUUUUUGCUUUGUCACUGUUCCAUUGAUGGAGAUAUUUGGUGCACUUCUGAUCUAUUUGAAACAGAGCUUUGUUGA